AUGUCAGCCUCCUUGGUCAACCUUGUGCGACACACUGUCAAAUUUCACAGUUUUCAGAAGAUUUUUGUUGGUACUAGUGGAUAUGGCUGGAAUGUCAUCCAACAACCUGUUAGAUUUGCUAGCAACAAACAUUUUGAUCCAAGAGGAAGAAAGUACAGAAGAAGAAAGGGAACUCCCAGUUACAUGAAACAAUUGAUGGAGUUGAAAACUCCUGACAUGGAUACUCCUGAUAAAGUACGUAUGCACAUGAAGAAGUUUGGUGUGCUGAGUAGAGAUACUUUUAUGGAAUACGUCGACAUAUCAUGUACAAACAUGGUAUUUGAUGAGUUUCUUCCUCCAGAGGGUGAUGGGAAAUCGUCUCUCUUGUCUGUACAAAAAGGUAAAGAUGUGUGGAAAGGGAGUCUCUUAAAAGGAAAGAAUGUGAUAGACCGGAGGAAAUUGAAACAGUAUGACACAGCUUAUGACGACAAAACAUUUGCAGAUAUGGCCCAGUCACAACUCAUAAAGACCUACACACUUUUACAGGAUGUGAAGGCUAAUGAGGAUGAGCUCCAUCAGCUGGUGUCAAACUUUGCAUAUCCAAAAUUAGUGUUUGGCUUGGAAUUUAAGACAUUUCGAUGGAAAUUUGUUGAAUCUAUUGAGCCACCGAGGGUUGUCCAUAUUCGAACAAAUAAGAUGAUGGCAGACGAUAACUUAUAUGCACAGGUGACAGUCCGUUGUCACACAAGACAGAUUUUAGCGAUAUAUGACAGAUUUGGCCGUUUAAUGUACGGCAGUGAGACGUUACCAAGGGACGUUUUAGAAUAUGUGGUGUUUGAGAAACACAUUGUAAAUAUGUAUGGAGAAUGGAGAUUACACAGUAAAAUCACACCGUCAUGGAUGCCACAACAAGCUCCACUGAUAAAAACCCUCGUAAAGCCAGAAAUCCCGGACAGAGAGAAAAUUCAAAAGGAAAUAGAUACAUUGGUGUCUGGCAAUGAGGUAGAUAAUGAGGAUGAAACGGAAAAACAGGAAGUUCAAGCAACAAAGUAAAUUACGAGAAGAGCAUGGACUGCAAGAAAGAUCAAUACAUCAAGUGAAGAAUUGUGAAUGAUGACACCAGGAGGAAAACUGAAAAAUGAGACAGAUCAGUUCUAACUGAGGUCAUCUUUAGGCACAGCAAAUUACAAUCAACUUGUACCUAUAAAUCAUCGUUAGUUUUGACGGGAUAUUGAUAUCAAUUCAGUUGUUCAGUCGGUGUAAACUUUUGUUGUUUUGAGAUCUUUUAUCUCGGUUAAGGACCAAUAUCUUUGAAACUCUGGAAACAACAUCAUGAAUUUUUUCAAUUUUGUGAUUUUCUGUUAUCAAGAGAUAUCUUUCAGUUUUAGACUAUGGGAGACUUUAUAGGAUUUAUAUAAGAUUAUAAGAUGUGGUUCAAAAUUAGAACAAAUUUUACUGAAUAAAACAACAGCAAACUGGUUACUGCUACGAUGUUUAUUAGAAGUGUAUUUUGCAGCAUGUUUUUCAUUAUAUAUUGAGAAAAUAUAGUUAUGUAUUAUCAGAUAUUUUCUUAGCUGAAAGUUGUUUGACUGAGUAUUGAAGUAGGGAAAGUAAUGGGAUACCUUUAUCCCUGUGAGCAAGAUAUUUGAAUAUGCAAGUUAAGUUACAAAUGUGGUUGUGAUAUAAAUAUUAUCAUAGCUUUUUGUGCGAGUGUGAAUGCAGUGUGUUUGCCAUAUGAAGAUAUCAUUGAAAUAAACUCUAGAUAAAAUUC